GGAACUUGAGAACGCUUUACUUUGCCAUGGCCAUGCAGACUUCUCCUCGCUUGGGCUCAAGGGAAGGCGUGCCGAGCUAUGUGAAUGCAUUUGCUUUGCUUUGUCUGGUACUUGUGGCUUGGCCGUAUGACAUGGUAUUCCUUGGCUUGGGCUUUGAACGACCAGGCCCUCUUGAUUACAGAUCCCAAAGCCUAUUGCGAUCGAGCCAUACACGCCCAAGCAUUCAUUUGCAAACGUCUCAGAAAACUCCGUUUGAAUCUGCCUUCAUCCAGGUUACUUGGGUUCUCGUGGGAAUCAUCCUCGGGCUGGCAACAUCAUUCCAGGCUGUCGCGAUUGAAAACGCGCAGAGCGCACCGCAAAGGCAGCAAACUGAAGAGGCCAAGGACCUGCAGGAAGGCAGUCUCAGUCGAAAGCUGAACAGACUCAAGAAGAUCUCAGCGGAUCCAGAGAAAUUCUGGGAUGGCGAUGCUUCCGGUCCAGAGCCAGAAGGGAAUUCUUCGGCACAGUCCCGUGGGAUGAUGAAGUCCAUGAAGGCUUUCCUCAAAAAGAAGCGAGCUGCAAGUGGAGAGUCUGAGUAGGUCAAAGCCACCAGCUGCAGUCCUUUAGUAAAAACAAUUUAGCCCCCGUGCGCAUAGAUUCC